CCCCCUUGAGUCCGGGAAACCUGCUCGCGGAUGUGAUGCGGCGACGCAGGGACACCUGCGCUCCCCUGCGUGCUGCACUCGUGCAGCUCCGGGUGGCAAACGGGGUGAAGUGGGGGCGAGGGCGAGAGGAAGUUGAGGUGCUGGAGCGUCAGAAACGCUGCCUUGGCUUCCCUUGCUCUUGGGAGGCUGUCCCAAGGCGGGGCUGGAGGGCUCUGCACGGCGGACUUCCAAGUUGCCCCGGCACAGCAGGAGGUCGGGAGUUUUGAGCCCCCUGAGGGCGGUACCCCGGAGGUCCCAAGUCCCCACGAGAAGCCGGGUGCACAGGACGGCGUGGCGCGCUCGGAGCGCACCGAGCCGAGCAGAAGCAAAAGAUAAACCCUGAUGGGCCCGGGGGCUGGCUGGCUGGGGCGCAGAGUCAGCGCGGACCGGGAGCGCCUUUCGUUUUAAGGAGCCUUACUUCUGGGAAGGGACAGGGAACUGUCAAUCAGCGAGGGAGGGAGCGCACCGGCGCUGGGUGAUGUCAGCGGAUCAUCUGCUCGAUAACAAAGAGAGGGUAUUACAGGAGAAAGUUGCAGCGGCGGCGGCGGCCACGGCGGCACCCCGGAGCAUCGGAGACGAGGGGCCAGCGGGCGAAGGGAGGAGCGGGGGGACGGCUGCUGCCGCAGCAGCUUAAGACCAAGGAAUUGAAAGGGCUGUAGGGGGAGGCAGUGCGAACCAGCCCCGACUGCCCCUCCUCUUCCUCCUCCUCCUCCAAACUCGCAGGGUUCAGCCCCAGCGCUCGCUCAGCCACCGGGAGCACCCGGACGGACGGGAGGCAGCCGCGCGGCCCCGAGCUGGGCACGGUCCCCAGGCGCCAUGGAUAGCGACGACGAGAUGGUGGAGGAGGCGGUGGAAGGGCACCUGGAUGAUGAUGGAUUACCACACGGCUUCUGCACGGUCACUUACUCCUCCACGGACAGAUUUGAGGGGAACUUUGUUCACGGAGAAAAGAACGGACGGGGCAAGUUCUUCUUCUUUGAUGGCAGCACCCUGGAAGGGUAUUAUGUGGACGAUGCCCUGCAGGGCCAGGGAGUGUACACUUAUGAGGACGGGGGCGUUCUCCAGGGCACAUACGUAGACGGAGAGCUGAAUGGGCCCGCCCAGGAGUAUGACACGGAUGGGAGAUUGAUCUUCAAGGGGCAGUACAAGGAUAACAUUCGGCAUGGAGUCUGCUGGAUAUACUACCCAGAUGGAGGCAGCCUUGUGGGAGAAGUAAAUGAAGAUGGGGAGAUGACUGGAGAGAAGAUAGCCUAUGUGUACCCUGAUGAGAGGACAGCACUUUAUGGAAAAUUCAUUGAUGGAGAGAUGAUAGAGGGAAAACUGGCUACCCUUAUGUCCACUGAAGAAGGAAGGCCUCACUUUGAGCUGAUGCCGGGAAGUUCGGUGUACCACUUUGAUAAAUCGACAUCAUCUUGCAUUUCUACCAGUGUUCUUCUUCCAGAUCCAUAUGAAUCAGAGAGGGUUUAUGUUGCUGAAUCUCUCAUUUCCAGUGCUGGAGAAGGACUAUUUUCAAAGGUAGCAGUGGGACCUAAUACUGUUAUGUCUUUUUAUAAUGGAGUCCGGAUUACACACCAAGAGGUUGACAGCAGGGACUGGGCUCUUAAUGGGAAUACCCUCUCCCUCGAUGAAGAAACGGUCAUUGAUGUGCCUGAGCCCUACAGCCACGUGUCCAAGUACUGUGCCUCCUUGGGACACAAGGCAAAUCACUCCUUCACUCCAAACUGCAUCUACGAUAUGUGAGUAUGACACCCAGCUUCCAGGGUGGAUCCGGGCCCCAUCUGCCGGGGCCCCGCGACUGACAAGGGCCUCUCAGAGCUGUCAUCCUGCCCCAGGUGAAGGACGCUCCUUCUGGGUUCCUGAGGCUCCUCUCCCAGACGUCUCCUGGUUAGGACUUGACACUCGGAGUCUAAACAGCCCCUUCCCUGGCCUUGGUAACUCAGACAGGGCAAAGUGCUUGGAAGGGUAGAAACGCUAUGGAAAUGAGACACUUCUUGGUUGCUGUUUCGUCGAUGCUUUUUUGUCCUUCAGUGGUCUCACUCUGGAAAAUUAAGGAUAGUGUUAUUUGAAAUAUUAGAAAAAUUAAAAUUGUUCUGCACAGUGAA